AUGAAGUUAUUUGUCUGCCUGUCUAACUAUCCCAUUCUAUUCAUAUCUAUCUAUCUAUCUAUCUAUCUAUCUAUCUAUCUAUCUAUCCAGUUAACUACUGAAGGACAAACAGACGCCAGGAAACAGCAUGGCCAUCACCGCACAAUGCGCAACUACCGGAUGUCAUUAAUGAGCAUGCGCGCACUGCUGGCAUCGUUACUUGUACUGCUUUCUUUUCGCCACUCGCAAAUUGCAAAUCGAAAGCUAACAGACAUGAAAUUCACUUAUCCUCUAGCUCGUAGAGAUGGGUCAGUUGUCGACGACUAUCAUGGUACUAAAAUUGCAGAUCCAUAUCGAUGGUUGGAAGACCCUGAUAGUGAGGAGACAAAGGAAUUUGUGGAAGCCCAAAAUGCUGUAAGCAGUCCUUUCAUUGAACAAUGUGAAUAUCGCCAAAAAAUUCAGGACAGUUCCCCUGCUGAACAUGGAGGAUCUUAUUAUUAUUACCAUAACAGUGGACUGCAGAACCAGAGUGUUAUGUAUGUCCAAGAUAGCCUAGAUGGUGAACCACGUGUUUUUUUGGAUCCAAACAAACUGUCUGAGGAUGGAACUCUGGCCAUCAGUGGUACUGCUUUCUCUGAGGAUGGGUCUUAUUUUGCUUAUGGCCUUAGCCAAAGUGGAUCUGAUUGGAUAACAAUUAAGUUUAAAGAUUGUCCCUCUGGCAACGAUUUACCAGAUACAUUGGAGCAUGUAAAGUUUUCAAGUAUGGCUUGGACUCAUGAUAACAAGGGCAUGUUCUAUAAUAGAUAUCCUGUUGAUGGUAAGUCUGAUGGUACUGAAACUACAAGCAACUUUUACCACAAAUUGUAUUAUCAUGUGUUGGGAACCAAACAGUCAGAGGAUGUGCUGGCAGUUGAAUUUCUUAAUGAGCCCAAAUGGAAAAUAGGUGCUGAAGUUAGUGACUGUGGUAAAUACUUACUGCUCUCUCCAAAUGAAGGCUGUGAUCCAGUCAACCGUCUAUUUUACGUAGAACUGGAUAAACUUCCUAAUGGCAUCACAGGAAAAUUGCCUUACACAGUUCUUGUGGACAACUUUGACGCUCAAUAUGAGUAUAUUACAAAUGAAGGUACUGUAUUUACAUUCCUCACAAAUUUGAAUGCCCCCAAAUAUAAAGUGAUCAACAUUGAUUUUAACAAACCUGAACAGGAAAACUGGCAAACUCUUAUAGAGGAAGACGAAAAUGCUGUCCUUGAAUGGGUCUCAUGUGUCAACAAAAAUAAACUUGUCCUCUGUUAUCUGAAGGAUGUCAAAAAUAAAAUGUAUGUUCAUAGUUUGGAAACUGGGAAACUAAUUAAAGAAAUCCCAUUGGACAUUGGAACUGUGAUUGGCUGCUCUGGUAAGAAGAAAAACAAAGAGAUAUUCAUUCAUUUUAUGUCUUUUCUCACUCCUGGUGUCAUCUAUCGAGUGGACUUGAGUGUUGAUGAUCCUACACCAGAGGUUUAUCGUCUGAUUAAAGUGAGCAAUUUUGACUUUAGCCAGUUUGAAAUCAAACAGAUUUUUUACCCAAGCAAAGAUGGAACUAAAAUUCCUAUGUUUCUGGUGCACAAAAAGGGUGUGGUUCUGGAUGGCAAAAAUCCAACUUACCUUUAUGGCUAUGGAGGCUUUGAAAUUUCCAUCAAACCGACAUUCAGUGUUUCCAGACUAGUUUUCCUUAAAGAUUUGGGUGGAUUAUUUGCAGUUGCUAACAUCCGAGGUGGAGGUGAAUAUGGUGAAACUUGGCACAAAAGUGGAACUCAUAGCAAGAAGCAAAAUGUUUUUGAUGACUUUCAAGCAGCAGCAGAAUACUUAAUUGCUCAAAAGUACACCACACCAGAAAAGCUUGUUAUCCAUGGACAUUCAAAUGGGGGCUUAUUAAUAGCUGCUUGCAUCAAUCAACGGCCAGAUCUUUAUGGUGCUGCCAUUGCACAGGUCGGUGUUUUGGACAUGCUGCGUUUCCAUAAAUUUACAAUUGGUCAUGCCUGGACAACAGACUUUGGUUGCUCAGAAGUGCCAGAACAUUUUAAAUUUCUCAAAGAGUAUUCACCUAUUCAUAACAUCCGUAUACCUAAAGGUGAUGUACAGUACCCAUCAACUUUGUUAGUAACUGCUGACCAUGAUGAUCGUGUGGUGCCACUCCAUUCUCUCAAGUUCAUUGCAGAAUUGCAGCAUACCAUGAAAGACCAAGAGAAACAGACAAAACCCCUGAUGAUCAAAGUGGAUACCAAAGCUGGUCAUGGAAGCGGAAAACCCACAGCCAAAAUGAUUCAAGAACACACUGAUUUAUAUUGCUUCAUCAUGAAAACACUUGAGCUGACCUGGCAUGACAGCUGA